AUGUUCUCCAAGAAGCCGCACGGGGACGUGAAGAAGUCUACCCAGAAGGUGCUGGACACCAAGAAGGACGCGCUGACCCGCCUCAAGCACCUGCGCAUCGUCAUUGAGAAUGCAGAAUCCAUUGAUCUUAAACAGUUUUUUGACCAACAUUUUUCACAUAUAUAUUAUGUGUUUUUUGAGAAUUUUGUUACUAUUGAAGCUAGUCUUAAACAGAAAGGUCACAAGUCUCAAAGGGAGGAAUUGGAUGCUAUACUUUUUAUUUUUGAGAAAAUUUUACAACUUCUUCCAGAAAGAAUUCAUCAGCGAUGGCAGUUUCAUAGUAUUGGAUUGAUUUUAAAGAAACUAUUACACACAGGAAACUCCUUGAAGAUUAGGCGGGAAGGUGUUCGGCUUUUCUUAUUAUGGUUGCAAGCUCUUCAGAAUAACUGUAGCAAAGAACAGCUUUGGAUGUUUUCAUGCUUAAUCCCUGGAUUUUCAGCACCACAGUCUGAAUAUGGACCUCGAACUUUAGAUAACCUCAUUAAUCCUCCACUCAACCUACAAGAAACUCAAGUCACUAUAGAGGAAAUCACUCCACUUGUCCCCCCACAAUCAGGAGAUAAAGGACAAGAAGAUCUUACAAGCUAUUUUCUUGAAGCACUUUUAAAAUAUAUAGUAAUUCAGGUAAAAAGUUUAGAGUGGAAGAACAAAGAAAACCAAGAAAAAGGAUUUUCAUUUCUGUUUUCACAUUUUAAGAAAUAUUAUUUGCCUUAUAUUUUCCCAAACAUCUGUAAGGAGAAUAGUUUAUAUCAUCCUGUACUUGAUAUCCCACAGAUGAGACCAAAGCCACAUUAUGUCAUGAUAAAGAAGGAUGCUGAAACCAAUGAGGCAAUCUAUUGUACAAAGGAGCCUUUCAUUAAGGCUCGUGUUAUUGUCAUUCGUUGGCUGGUUUCAUUCUGGCUGGAGCCAAAGCCGCAUACAGGACCUCAUAUUCCUGGGAUGGAAGGUGAAGUCUUGCCAAAAAAUAUUCAGAGAGCAGCUGCUAGUUUGGUAUCCAGAGAGGAAAACAAAAAUGAUAAUGCUGAUAAAACAGAUAGAAGUACAGAACCUGAACAGUCUCAUUCCAACACAAGCACUCUCACGGAGCGAGAACCUAGCUCUUCUAGUCUCUGUAGUAUUGAUGAAGAGCAUCUCACAGACAUUGAAAUAGUUCGCCGAGUUUUUUCUUCUAAAAGAAGUAAUGUAAACUUUGUCACAGAGAUAUUUCGUCAGGCAUUUUUAUUACCAAUUUGCGAAGCAGCAGCUAUGAGAAAAGUGGUAAAAGUAUAUCAAGAAUGGAUCCAGCAAGAGGAAAAACCUUUGUUCAUGCAAGAGCCUGAGGAAAUUGUGAUCUCUUCUUCAGACCUUCCAUGCAUUGACAGUGUCACAGACCAUGAUAUUUCAAUGGAAGAAGGAGAAAAAAGAGAAGAGGAAAAUGGGACCAAUGUUGCUGAUCAUGUUCGAAAUUCCACUUGGCCUAAAAAUGGAACCUACCAAGAUAUUCUUCAUAAUGCUUCUGAAGAAGCCAUAGAACAAAACAUACGAGCUGGUGCCCAGGCAGUUUUGCAGGUGUUUAUUAUCAAUUCUUCAAACAUAUUUCUUCUUGAACCUGCAAAUGAGAUAAAAAGUCUUCUGGAUGAGCACACAGAUAUGUGUAAACGAAUUCUUAACAUUUAUCGGUUCAUGGUUGUGCAAGUAUCAAUGGACAAAAAGACUUGGGAACAGAUGCUGCUUGUGUUGCUCAGAGUCACGGAGUCUGUACUGAAGAUGCCAUCACAAGCUUUUCUACAGUUCCAGGGGAAAAAAAACAUGACUUUGGCAGGUCGACUUGCAGGACCACUUUUCCAGACUCUUAUAGUUGCCUGGAUUAAAGCAAAUCUAAAUGUGUACAUCUCUCGGGAACUUUGGGAUGACUUACUCUCAGUAUUGUCAUCAUUGACCUAUUGGGAAGAGUUAGCCACUGAAUGGUCGCUGACUAUGGAGACACUAACUAAAGUUUUAGCUAGAAAUUUGUAUAGUUUGGAUCUCAGUGAUUUACCAUUGGAUAAGCUGAGUGAACAGAAACAAAAAAAGCACAAAGGGAAAGGAGUGGGACAUGAAUUUCAGAAAGUUUCAGUUGACAAGUCAUUUUCUAGAGGAUGGAGUCGCGAUCAGCCUGGCCAAGCCCCAAUGAGGCAGAGAAGUGCAACAACCACUGGUUCCCCAGGCACAGAAAAGGCAAGGAGUAUAGUACGGCAAAAAACUGUUGCCAUGAGAAGCCGAUCCAUUGGUGAAUGUGCUCUGCCAUCGGCCUAUAUACGCAGUGCUAAAAGUGCUCCUGUUCUGAUCCAUACUUCCAAACCCUUCUUGCCUGAUAUUGUUCUCACUCCCCUUUCUGAUGAGCUUUCAGAUAUUGAUGAUGCUCAAAUACUUCCUCGUCCAACUAGAGUCAGACAUUUUUCACAAAGUGAAGACACUGGAAAUGAAGUUUUUGGUGCUUUGAGUGAGGAGCAGCCAUUGCCUCGAAGUAGCAGCACUUCUGACAUCUUGGAACCAUUCACUGUUGAACGAGCCAAAGGUGCAGUUCCUGUCAUUGACAGUUCAUCCCGUCAUGCACCAAGCUUGCAGAGUUCCACAGAGGCUUCUUCAAUAACUAGAUCCACUGAGAGCCACAUCACUGAUACUCAUAGUAGAGAGUCUUCUCUGGAAGUUGGUGAUAGCAUAUAUGACCAUCUCUGUCACUUAAUAGAUCCAGUAGAACUUGCAGAUUCAGCUUUUGAACAAAUCCAGUACAUUGACCUUGAAGGAGAUGAUGAUCUUCUUUCCUCCCUGAAAGAAUAUUUUAAGGAAACCCAAGAAAGUCACAGUAAAAACGAGUUAGAUAAAGAUGCAGCUUCGCAGGAAGUGAUCUCUGUUGCAGUAAAUAAGGAUGAAAGAUCAUCCUCAGAUAAAUUAGAGUACAUAGACCAGGAAAAUAAAUCAGAAAAUACCACCUCUUUUGUUGGAACUCCUGAAAACAUACAAUUUCAAAAAGAACCAAACUCCACUGUCUUCACAAAUAUUAGUGCACCCAACCAGUUAGACAGCUUUACGAAAACAAAAACUUCUGAAAAAUGUAAGCAACUAAACAAUGAUAAACAGUCAUCGGAACCUAGUUCAGGUAGCCCUUGUGAUAAAGAAAAGAGAAAACAUCUGUAUAGACAAACAGCCACAGAAUUAGAUGCCUGUAUAGAUACCACACUAGCUGAAAAGGUUAAGGGUGUGCAAAUUAAUGAAAAAAUCACUGUCCCACAUGUUUUGCAUGCCAAGAAAACUACACUAAAAGCACCUGUUAACCGUAGAAUGCCUCAUGUUACAAGCACUAGCAAGCUUUCUCCAACUAAAAGGAGCUUGUCUGAAACAGUAACUCACAGAGCCAAAAUCAUGAAAAUUGCUACUAAAAAGCGAAAUAGUGUUCAUGUUACUUUUAGACCUUCUACUGAGUCAGUUCAGUUUUAUAAUCCUCUGGAAAACAAAGAGGCUCCAUGGAAGAUGAGACUGCGGAAGCUCAGUGGCUUUAGUGGUAGUAAUAGCAACAUCAGCAACCCCCACACCAGCUCCAACAGUGCUGCAGAGCUAGUAAAACCUGGUGUGUACAGGCCUCUAGAUACAAUUAGUGCAGCAUCAGCAAGCAGUGAAACAAUUAAGGAAAAGACAGAGAUUCCCACCGCCAUAUUACAGAAAGAAGGAAUUGCAACUAAUCAGUUAGGUAGUCGUAGUACUAUUAAGUCAUCAAGUCACGAGGCAGGACUACCGCAGGGCUCCCUGGGUGGCGUUUAUAAAACUGUUGUCCAUGCUCUUUCGAAGCCGAAGGCAAAUGUUUCCCCACAGAGGCAGAACAGAAUGCCACCAGAGGCUCCACUGAGGGAUCUGUACAGUCAUGUAAUGGGCUAUUUUGGAAGGAAAGCUGCAGUCAAUAAAGAGGACAUGAGCACAAAACUGCCUCCUCUUAAUAGUGAUAUUGGCAGCAGCAAUGCUAAUGUUCCUGAUCUGAUGGAUGAGUUUAUAGCAGAACGACUUCGAAGUGGUAAUGCCUCAACUAUGACACGAAGAGGAAGUAGUCCAGGUAGCCUCGAAAUUCCCAAAGACCUCCCUGAUAUUCUAAAUAAGCAAAACCAAAUGCGUCCUAUUGAUGACCCAGGUGUACCCUCAGAAUGGACUUCUCCUGCCAGUGCAGGGAGCAGUGAUCUUAUCAGCUCAGAUAGUCAUUCGGAUUCUUUCAGCGCUUUCCAGUAUGAUGGCCGAAAAUUUGACAAUUUUGGUUUUGGAGCUGAUACUGGGAAUGCAUCCUCUGCUGACAUGGAUUCAGGUUCUGGCCAUUAUCAGAGCGCCGAAGAGCAAGAGGUGGCUAGUCUAACCACACUACACAUCGACUCAGAAACAAGCAGUCUUAAUCAACAAGCUUUCUGUACUGAAGUUGCAACGGUUACUGGUUCAGAAAGUGCCUCUCCAGUCCAUUCAGCUCUGGGAUCCAGGUCACAGACACCUUCUCCUUCCACACUGAAUAUAGAUCACAUGGAACAGAAGGAUCUACAGCUCGAUGAGAAGCUCCACCACUCUGUUCUUCAGACACCAGAUGACCUAGAAAUCAGUGAAUUUCCAUCUGAAUGCUGUAGUGUGAUGGCAGGGGGCACUCUUACAGGAUGGCAUGCUGAUGUUGCUACUGUAAUGUGGCGAAGGAUGCUGGGUAUUUUGGGAGAUGUCAACGCUAUUAUGGAUCCUGAAAUACAUGCUCAAGUUUUUGAUUACCUCUGUGAACUUUGGCAGAAUCUAGCUAAGAUUAGAGAUAAUCUUGGCAUUUCAACUGAUAACCUGACCUCCCCUUCUCCACCGGUUUUAAUUCCUCCACUGAGAAUUCUUACACCUUGGCUUUUUAAGGCAACCAUGUUAACUGAUAAAUAUAAACAAGGUAAAUUACAUGCCUAUAAACUUAUUUGUAAUACAAUGAAAAGAAGACAAGAUGUUUCUCCAAAUAGAGAUUUUCUAACACAUUUCUACAACAUAAUGCAUUGUGGAUUGCUUCAUAUUGAUCAGGAUAUUGUCAAUACAAUCAUCAAGCACUGCUCACCUCAAUUUUUCUCACUUGGUUUGCCUGGUGCAACAAUGCUUAUUAUGGAUUUUAUUGUAGCAGCUGGUAGAGUGGCUUCUUCAGCUUUUCUCAAUGCACCAAGAGUGGAAGCACAAGUUCUUCUGGGAUCUUUGGUUUGCUUUCCCAACUUGUAUUGUGAACUGCCUGCUCUCCAUCCCAACAUCCCUGAUAUAGCUGUGUCUCAAUUUACAGAUGUUAAGGAACUUAUAAUCAAAACUGUGUUAAGCUCUGCAAGAGAUGAGCCCUCUGGUCCUGCACGAUGUGUAGCACUUUGCAGUUUAGGUAUUUGGAUUUGUGAAGAACUAGUCCAUGAGUCUCAUCAUCCUCAAAUUAAGGAAGCUCUGAAUGUAAUUUGUGUUUCCUUAAAGUUUACUAAUAAAACAGUAGCCCAUGUAGCUUGUAACAUGCUUCACAUGCUGGUUCAUUAUGUACCUAGACUUCAGAUUUACCAGCCUGAUUCUCCCUUGAAAAUUAUUCAAAUUCUAAUAGCCACUAUUACCCAUCUUUUGCCAAGUACGGAAGCGUCAUCUUAUGAAAUGGACAAGAGGUUGGUGGUAUCCUUACUUCUGUGUCUUCUGGACUGGAUCAUGGCCUUACCUCUUAAGACACUGCUCCAACCAGUCCAUGCUACAGGAGCAGAAAAUGAUAAAAUAGAAAAAUCUGUUCUUAACUGCAUUUAUAAGGUAUUACAUGGGUGUGUUUAUGGAGCUCAGUGUUUUAGCAAUCCGAGGUAUUUUCCAAUAAGCCUUUCUGAUUUGGCAUCUGUAGAUUAUGAUCCUUUUAUGCAUUUGGAAAGCCUAAAAGAGCCUGAACCUUUGCACUCUCCUGAUUCGGAAAGAUCUUCUAAACUCCAGCCAGUAACAGAAGUGAAAACUCAAAUGCAGCAAGGAUUAAUCUCCAUAGCUGCCCGCACUGUUAUUACACAUCUGGUGAAUCACUUGGGCCAUUAUCCAAUGAGCGGUGGUCCUGCUAUGUUAACAAGUCAGGUGUGUGAGAAUCACGACAAUCAUUACAGUGAAAGCACUGAACUUUCCCCUGAACUCUUCGAGAGUCCAAAUAUUCAGUUUUUUGUGUUAAACAAUACAACCUUAGUGUCCUGUAUCCAGAUCAGAGCUGAAGAGAGUAUACCUGGAGGAGGUUUAUCUGCUGGUCUUGCAUCAGCCAAUUCAAAUGUCAGAAUUAUAGUACGUGAUCUUUCUGGAAAAUAUUCAUGGGAUUCUGCCAUCCUGUAUGGACCACCUCUUGUAAGUGGUCUAUCAGAACCUACAUCUCUCGUACUUUCAUUGUCUCACCAAGAGAAGCCAGAAGAACCUUCUGCAUCUAAUGAAUGCUUAGAAGAUAUAACAGUUAAAGAUGGGAUUUCCCUCCAGUUUAAAAGAAGUUUUAGAGAAACUGUACCAACUUGGGACACAAUCAGAGAUGAAGAAGAUGUUCUUGAUGAGCUUUUGCAGUAUUUAGGUGUAACCAGUCCUGAAUGCUUACAGAGAACUGGAGUAUCACUUAAUAUUCCUGCUCCACAGCCUGUGUGCAUUUCUGAAAAACAGGAGAAUGAUGUUAUUAAUGCUAUCCUUAAGCAGCAUACAGAGGAAAAAGAAUUUGUUGAGAAACACUUUAAUGACUUAAACAUGAAAGCUGCAGAACAAGAUGAACCAACGUCUCAGAAACCUCAGUCAGCAUUUUAUUAUUGCAGAUUGCUUCUUAGUAUAUUGGGAAUGAAUUCCUGGGACAAAAGGAGGAGCUUUCAUCUCCUGAAGAAAAAUGAAAAACUACUUAGAGAACUUAGGAACUUGGACUCAAGACAGUGCCGAGAGACACACAAGAUUGCAGUAUUUUAUGUUGCUGAAGGACAAGAAGACAAACAUUCCAUUCUCACCAAUACAGGAGGAAGUCAAGCAUAUGAAGAUUUUGUAGCUGGUCUUGGUUGGGAGGUAAAUCUUACAAACCAUUGUGGUUUCAUGGGAGGACUACAAAAAAAUAAAAGCACUGGAUUGACCACACCAUAUUUUGCUACCUCUACAGUUGAAGUAAUAUUUCAUGUGUCAACAAGAAUGCCUUCAGAUUCUGAUGACUCUUUGACCAAAAAAUUGAGACAUUUAGGAAAUGAUGAAGUGCACAUUGUUUGGUCAGAGCAUACUAGAGACUACAGGAGAGGAAUUAUUCCUACAGAAUUUGGUGAUGUCCUUAUUGUUAUAUACCCGAUGAAAAACCACAUGUUCAGUAUCCAGAUAAUGAAAAAACCAGAGGUUCCCUUCUUUGGUCCACUCUUUGAUGGUGCUAUUGUGAAUGGAAAGGUCCUACCUAUUAUGGUUCGAGCAACAGCUAUAAAUGCAAGCCGUGCUCUGAAAUCCCUGAUUCCAUUGUAUCAAAACUUCUAUGAGGAGAGAGCACGAUAUCUGCAAACGAUUGUCCAGCACCAUUUAGAGCCAACGACAUUUGAAGAUUUUGCAGCACAGGUUUUUUCUCCAGCUCCCUACCAUCAUUUACCAUCUGAUGCCGAUCAUUAAAUAUCAGUUCUGUUUAUCUGAAG